CAAUGCUUCUCUACCGUGGCUUUCAGCAGUUCCUCUCCACAUGUGCCCCAGUAGAGAGAAAAGAUGAGAUCUUUCAAACACCCCGAUUCGGAGCAAGCUAUCUUGGACUUUCUCGACCCUGAGGAGCGAGACGUCUACCACCGCACGAAAGACAGGUUUGAAGGAACAUUCUUCAUCGAGACGUUCCAUCUCAAAAAUAUCACGGAGAAGGAGACCCUGACCAUCCACCGUGACCGAAUCGUUAAUGGAAAGGCUCAUUAUCUUAUAUUUUUUGGCCCUCUCCGUCCCAUCGACAAACUUGGCAAGGCGUACGAUGUAUGGCUAGACACAACACCAGACGAGGAGGCCAUAUACUAUAAAUGCGGCUCCGGGGGCUGGGCUCACUGGGAAGUUGCUGCAGAUGUAUCAUUUCCGGGCACUGAACGAGAACCCAGACAUCUGAUGUUCUUGCCAACUAGACGAUUCUCUAUCGUCGGUUGGUUUGUCAUGCCCGCCCAUCAUCACAUUGCGAGGAUCGUCUUGAAUAAGAAUGAUAUGGUGAGGUUGGCAUACUUAAGCUUAACAGUUCGGCAUGGUUUCACUGUGUUUUGCAAAAAUUUUCCACCGCCAUUAUGGUCUUCUCUUGACCAGCAGUUGAAUCGUAUGCGCAACGACGACAACUUGCUGCGAUAUGUCAAAUUGGCCUUGCACAAUAUCUCCAAAUCUGACAUCAAGACCAAAGUGCAGUCUGUGCAGAUGAAUGCUUUCCCUCUUGAAAUGCGAUUCGCAGUCAAGGCUUGGACAGACGGCCGUCAACUGCAUGAGGCCGACCAUGAAACUGGAUAUAGCCUCUUGGUAAUCAACCGUCCUGGUCAACAGAGGAUGAAUCUUGCCAGAUUUCGGCGCGGUAGGGGGAAACCUUGGGACAGCUCGUUUUCAAUGCUGUACACAUGCACGCUGGAUCGUCGUAUUCGGCUUGAGUAUUCCUUUAUUUCAGGUGCAAACAAUCAGUCAGCAAUACUUCAUUUGUUUCCCUCCAUGUAUUAUAAACUUGACGGAAAAGCCGUACAUAUCAUGAUCAAAUUUGAGACCACAGAUUCUUCUUCGGCAAAAGGGAAAGGUCUACGUUCAUUCUUUGAAGAUCUCUUGCCGUUCUUGCUUUUGAGCCAUGUUUCAAAGAGAUUUUGCCUAGAGCCUCUAUGGAACACGAUGUAUCGAAGUGCAGCAGACACCCAACGCAAAUCCUCACAUCUUGCCAGCGUCCAGGAGAAGCGUCUGAACGAUGAACUUGAACCACAAGAACACAAUGACGAAGAAGACUCACCCAGACCAUUCGGUAACCGAGUAAACAAAUUGCACAGCGAUUCCGAGUAUGUGCCAUCAGACGAAGAUGACAGCACACCUAGCUCGCAGCGUAGGAAACGGUAUCCUCUUCGUCAUUUUAAAGCGAUUGUCAUGGACAGCGAUUCAGGCUCCUACCUUUCAGAUUCCGGUGACAAUCGCGACGAGAUUGCAUCUAGUCGAGGACAAAGAAAUACACCUACUCAAGACAAUCCUCGCGCAAGUUCCCACACUCCAACACCAUCAAACACAAGCUCUACUCGACCAAGCUUAAGCGUAAUACGAGCCCUAAAAUCCAGGUCAUCUGCUUCCAAGACAAAUCUAGCCAAACAGGCUACCCAAGAGAACGACAAGGACCAAUCCAACCGCAAUCACCAAGGUCCAGAUGAGUCUCUUAAAAGCUUAGGCGGUCAAGCAACACUUGGUGUCUCAAGUCAUGCACGCAGUGAACCACUGGUGGCCGAAGUAGCAAAGCUAAACGAUGAUAGGGAGCAUAAUGAUGAAACCAGUGAAGGUAAAAUACGAGGCGAUGAUGUGGGGCCGGCCUAUGAUCUUACAAUGGAGAAUCAACGCCCCGUCGACGGGGAUGCGCAAUUGCCAAGUUUGGAUGUUGAUCGAAAACCAAAUGUCCAGGAACUGGAUGAAUGUCACUUGUUAUCCGCUGUAUCUCUCCAAGGAGCAGGGAGUAUCGAUCAGCCUAUCGUCAUUGACGACGAUGAAGAUUUGAGGCCUCUUUCCACAGGUUUGGGGGGCCCUCUCGUUGUAAAUACCGCGGGGUCGGCUCCCUCGGUAGGCGGCGCGUUGGGUUAUAUAGCACGCAGUCCACUGGUCGACGAUUCUAUGCAUGUCGAGCCUACUCCUGACGCACGGCCGGAAACAAUCGUUGAAAGCAACCAAGACCCUUUGACAAUAGCCAGCUUUUUGGUCAAUUCCUCUGACCUCGAAACCAGUGUUCAAUCAAACGGGCCAGACAUUACAAACAGUGAUGCUCCCAAAGGUUUGAUUAUAGCAUGCGGGUCUUCUUCUGGCUCUGUCAAAACCGAAGACUUGACUGAAGAUAACUCGGGGGGGGGGGGGGGGUGGCACGGCUCGUGCCAGCUCGUCGCGUUGAGGUUGAUACGUCACUUGAGGAUACACAUAGCUCAAGGCCUGACAAACGUCAGCUUGUAUCGUCGAACUCAGGGGAAGGCAAUGAUGACGUUGAAGACAUCAGACCUCCAAAGCGGUCUCGGCCAUCCCCCCUUCAGCAGCCUCCCCCGAAAUCAGGCACCUCUGAAAUGACUCGUAAAGAUUUUCUGAUUGCGAUCUACCUCGAAGACGAACGAUUUGAUAUACAGAAAUCAAGGUUUCUACGUCAUUCGGAGUCGUUCUCGCGGGUUUUCACACUCGACCAUGGCGUUGAUAUAGGAGCAUCUACGCCAGUGGGACCUUGGAAGUUACUCUCGGAAGAUUCUGUCCGUAUAACUGGGGUCUCUGCUGCGGAUUUCAGGAGUCUUCUAGAGGCUUUGGAUGAUAUCUACGAUUUCAUGUUCGACACGCCUGCAUUUCCCAAGCUUGCAUCCAUCCUUCGAGCAUCCACAGUGCUUGGUUUUACGAAAGUGACGAGAUUCGUCGUGAAUUGCCUGGAGCAUAUGUGGCCGUCAGAUUUGUCCCGCCUUUCUCACACUCGAAUACCCUAUGCGAUCGAAACAAUCGAGAUAGCUAGAAAGAACGAUAUACCACAAAUUCGCAAGCGAGCCUUCUACGAGGUCAUCAAAGCCGCAUACCACGCGUCCAUUCAAGAUGACAGCUUCGGUAACAUGCUGUCCGACAAGGAUCGUCUACUGGUUUAUAGAGCUCAGGCAAUCUUCCAGAAGGAGUGGAUGAUGAUUGCUAAGGCCGCGCCCCACACACAGUGCGAUAAGACUCAGUCAGCCGGGAGCUCAAGCUGUUGUGCACAACGAGACAUCCGAGUUCAACACUGGUCCGUGCUGGUUACGGAAUCACCUGUUUAUGACGAAGGGGUGAAGGAUAUUUUCUAUGGUCUUGAUCGUCUGUCGUCUUUGGAUUGGUCCACCCAAGGAUGGUGCACAGUGUGUACCGAGGAUUGGAGAAGAGUCCUAGAGCAGAAAAGGAUGACGCUUUGGUCUGAUUUGGACAGAUAUGUUCAGCAAGGAUAACUUGUUAUGUUUUACCCCUUGACUGUAGUGACCGUGGAGAAAAGACACCGACCCGUUCAAGGUUGCGUCUGAGGUUCUCAAGUUAACCUAGGCUUCUCUCCGUUGUUCCUACAAGGCAGCUUCAAUCUCUUAUGGAACACAUAAGUU